GUCAAACACAAGAACGAGUUUGUUUAUCGGUGCUCCAAGCUGGUGAUGGUGUGUGCGCGAGUGUUGCGUGUUUUCGAUGCACUUCGCGGCACAGGGAUUCUAAUCUUAAGCCACUUCCAACACAGCGGAUAUUUGCGUGUUUAGCGACGAUAGUGUUUCCAUUUUAUUGGUUAAAUUGCUGAAGUACAACUUGAUUGGUAGUUAGGAUGUCUCUCUCACUUUGUGCCGGCCGGGUGUUCACGGCUUUCCGAAUUAACCAGAGGACCUUCGAGGUGACGAGGAUACUCUCAAACUACUACUCAACCAAGCAACGCUCGAAAGUGUAUGAAUCCGCUGACGAGGCGAUCGCCGAUAUUCCUGAUGGUGCAAAAUUGCUUGUCGGAGGUUUCGGUCUCUGUGGUAUCCCGGAAAAUUUGAUUGCGGCUUGCGUAACCAAGGGGGUCAAAGAUUUGACCGUUGUCUCCAACAAUGCUGGCGUUGACGCAUUUGGCCUGGGACUAUUCCUGAAAAAACACAUGAUCAAACGCAUGAUCGCAUCGUAUGUCGGCGAGAACGCCGAAUUCGAGCGACAGUACCUCUCCGGGGAGUUGGAACUCGAGCUAACGCCACAGGGCACUCUGGCGGAACGGAUUCGUGCUGGUGGCGCCGGUAUACCUGCCUUCUUCACCCCCACAGCGUACGGUACGUUGGUUCACGAGGGUGGCUCACCGAUCAAGUAUGGCAAGGGUGGCAAUGUGGAAAUUGCUAGUCAGCCUCGAGCGAUGCAGAUGUUCAACGGGUUACCGUACAUCAUGGAGGAGGCCAUCACGGGCGAUUUUGCGCUCAUUAAGGCAAAGGUUGCGGAUGAGUCCGGUAAUCUGAUUUUCAACAAGGCUGCCCGGAACUUUAAUCCACCCAUGUGUAAGGCAGCGAAAACCACGAUUGUAGAGGUGGAGGAAAUCGUUCCGACCGGGUCCCUCGAUCCGGAUCAGAUUCACAUACCGAGUGUGUUCGUGCAACGCAUCAUCAAGGGAGCCAAGUACGAAAAACCAAUUGAAAGGUUAAAAAUACGAGACUCGAAGAAGUCGGCAUCGGUGGUCGCCUCUACACCAGCUGCGAAGCAGCGUGAACGCAUUGUCAAACGUGUAGCAAUGGAAUACCAGGACGGAAUGCAUAUUAAUCUGGGCAUCGGAAUUCCGGUUCUUUCCUCCAACUAUAUCAAGGGAAUCAAUGUGCUGCUGCAGUCUGAAAACGGUAUUCUAGGGUUGGGACCGUUCCCUGAGAAGCAUGAGGUCGAUCCGGAUCUGAUCAAUGCGGGAAAGGAAAGCGUUACUGUUGUGCCGGGUGCUUCAUAUUUUUCGUCGGAUGACAGCUUCGCCAUGAUCCGUGGCGGACACAUCGAUAUCACCGUGCUCGGAGCGAUGCAGGUCUCGCAAUUCGGAGAUCUAGCGAACUGGAUGAUUCCCGGUCGGCUGGUGAAAGGAAUGGGCGGAGCGAUGGAUUUGGUAUCUGCACCGGGCACCAAAUGUGUUGUGACCAUGGAGCAUAAUGCAAAGGAUGGUUCGCACAAAAUACUCUCCGAUUGCACCCUGCCUGUGACUGGUAAGAACUGUGUAGAUAUGAUCAUAACCGAGAAAGCCGUGUUUAGCGUAGACAAAGAACGGGGACUGACGCUGCUGGAGAUCGCGGAAGGUGUCUCGGUGGAAGAGGUAAUUACUAGCACUGGUUGCAACUUUGAAGUGUCACCCGAUUUGAAACCGAUGGGACAGAUUGAAGAGUAGACCAGCUCGCACUGGCACCUUGAAACCGGUGCCCUGAAGAUAUUGUGUCGAAUUUAAGGACUCAGGAGAAAAGCAUUUUUCUUUGUCUGUAAAGAUUAUUCUUGUUAAGCUUGAGCAAACAAUUUUACGUACGAUCGAAUCGAAUUUUGUUUCUAAUAAAUGUUACUCAAAUGUAAAAAAUUUCA